AUGGCGGCCGCCGACGACGACCCCGUCGUUGCCUCCUACGAUGUUUACAUGACAAAUCCUCUCGCCUCAAAGGCCCCAGACUCCUCCUCGAAACUUUUUGUUCUCCAAUAUCCCUCUCACCGACCAUACUCUAAACCGUACAAUGCCGCCAGAUCACAGACACCAACCACUCUUCGUUUGAAGCCAAAUGCAGGAUUUCUAGAAAUCGAGAUUCCUAUGCUAACGUAUGAAAAUUACAAUGAAAUUGCUGGUGAAAGAUACGGAAAAACAAUGUCUGAGAGCCGCACCAUACAAGCCGGCAGUUCCCACGGAUUGGCUGGAGGCUUUGCUGCUGGCUUUGGACAUCCAAGAUUGAGGGAUGUGCCGACCUACGGCAAUCAUACUACACCUUCCUUGGGCACCCAGAUACUGGGUGGGAAGAUCGUGAGCCCGACACCUCGGGAUCCGGUCUAUCUUGUGGGAUGUUUCCGCCAAAACCAGCUUCAUCUCUCGCAUGUAGAUGCAGUGGUACAGAUGCGCCCUCAAUUACAUCACAUUGAUGCCGAGGAUGAGCUCAAUCAGAAAAGAUUUCAGUCAAGCGGUAAUGCUGCUUUUGGGAGACAGAAACCUGGGCUUGAAACUCCUGCUCCAAAGAUCGAAUCUAAAGCAAUCGAGAUCAAAAUUCGAGACAGCAAAGAAGAUUCCAAAGACCGCAGUCUCAACGAAAAUGCAAGGCUUUUGCGAGACAUACAGGUAGAUGAGUGGCAACGGCAUGAAUGGGUGGACGAAGAUGAACCAGAAUCUGAAAAUGCUUUCGCCACACACAUGUAUCUCUCUGCCGAUAAUCUCGAUCCGAUUGUCAAAUUACAGAGCUCCAUUAGCAAUGGUGACUGGCUAGAUAAGAUGAGUGCUCCGAGAGAAGGGGGCAAAAAAGGUUUACUGGCAAAGUUACGCGGUCGAGAACGAGAGCGAGCACGGAGAAAGAAGGCGGAGGAAGAGAAGCGCCAACGCCAAAAGGAAGCCACCGGGACCGCCAGGAACACUCACGGGACAAUUUUGGACAUGAGUUCGGACAGUGAUCUGAGCAGCCCAGAUGCUUCAAAUAGCGAUUUUGAUGAUGAUGAGGUACCUGGUUCUCGGGGAGUCGACAAGGUCGUGAUUAAAGAAGAACCGGGGGGUCCCUCGAUGUUAUCAAAUGCCCCUGGUCGAUCGGCCUCCGCUUCCAACUCAGCGAACGUUCCAAAGAAGAGAGGGCGACCGAGGAAACUCCUACCCGCUGAUUCAAGGGCUACCGAUGGCUGA